AUGGCGACGUCCGAGUCGCAGUCUUAUUUCGAUCAAACUGAACAUCGACAAGAAUACGCCGAGGAUGACAUGACACCAGCAGAUCUGAAAAUCAUAUUACUCGGUGACUCUGCGUCCGGGAAAAGCAAGCUUGUGGAACGUUUCCUGUUGGACGACUACAACCCACGGCAACUAUCCACUUACGCGGUCAACCUCUUCCGCUACACCACUGCCACUGAAGAUGGACGGCAAUGGAAGGUAGACUUGUGGGAUACAGCGGGACAGGAACAGUUUAACAAGCUUCAUCCAAGUUAUUAUUACAAGGCUAAUGCGGCUAUACUGGUCUUCGAUAUCACCAGGAAGAUAACUUACAAACAUCUUCAGGAUUGGUUCGGUGAACUCCGUCAACACGUUGAGGAUGUUCCAGCGAUUUGUGUCGCAAAUAAAAUCGAUAUCGACAUGACCGUAACGGAGCGUAACUUCGCUUUCCCGGCGCGUCACAAGCUACCCUUCUACUUCGUCAGCGCCAGCAGUGGUAUCAACGUAGUUAAGGUUUUCAGAGAAGCCCUCAAGUUGGCUGUGGCGAAUGAGGAAUGUCCACCAGAUGAGGUUCUUGAUGAGAUCUAUAGACUGUUGAAAUCAGACGAUAAUAAAUGUGCAUGA